AUGGAGAAAUUAAAUGAUUCGGAUAGUGAUAAUGAAAUGGAUUAUCAUACAUAUGAAAAGAAGAGAGAAAUGAAUGUACGGCAAAUUGUUAUUCUUGAUCGAUUAUUUACGAAUGCUAAGAAAGAUCUUUAUAAAGAACGACUUAAUCAGCUGGAAAGGCGUCAAACAGAAUUGGUAGAUCAACGAGCUCCAGAUUAUUUAAGCAAAAAAGCAGUUUUGGCUGAGGAAUAUCGUGUCAAGAAGGAACAGCUUCAGGCUCUCCGUCGUUUACAAAUUGAGGCGCUUAGGCGGAAAACGGUUGGAACACUGGAAAUGGAACAGAAAAAUCUCGUUCAUAAUCGGAAAUUAGUUUAUGAACAAAUCGAGGAAGACAUUGAAGCUGCAGUUGCACAUCUGCAUGAGGAGCGAGAGAGGUGUUAUAAUGAUCUCGAAAAGUUGACAAUAGGUUAG